UUCCAUCAGGAGCAGCAGCAGCAGCAAGUGGACUCCUCCUUCUCACUGGAUGAUGAGUUUGAUUUGUUCCAUCCGCAUUUUCCUUCAGAGCCCUGCUCGAACUCGUCGCCAUCCUAUCCACUCCCUCUUAUUAGCCCCGAGACGAUGCCCGUUUUUGCCCCACAAUCGGUCAGAACUCCUCCAGCGCUCGCCGAGUGGCCCCGGAAACAGCUCAAGACCGAGAGCUGCAGCUCUCCAUACGCAACGGCGCACAAAACGAUGACUUGCAGUGCGGCAAUGUUGUCAUCUCCGUCUCCAUCUCCUGACUCCCACGUGAUAUCUUUCGGGGACCAUGAUUUGUCUCCAGCCAUGUCCGAUCGGUUCUAUGGUACUUAUGACACCCAGGAUUGUGAGGGGCCAAAGAUGAGAAGCGCCGGCGCAAUGAGCAGGAAGCCAGUACACGCACAAGAGCACGUGCUAGCCGAGAGGAAGCGCCGCGAGAAGAUCAGCGAGCGUUUUAUUGCGCUCUCAGCCAUCAUUCCGAACCUUAAGAAGAUGGACAAGGCCUCCAUCCUCGAGGACGCCAUCAAAUGCUUGAAAGAGCUUCAACAUCGGGUCAAGGCACUCGAGGAGGAGGUGGCGGCGAAGACCGUGGAGUCGGUCAUCGUGGUGAAGAAGUCCCAACUCGCCACGUACGACGGCACGUCUUCUUCAUCCGACCAGAGCUCCUGCAAUCAAAAUGACCAGCGACUCUCACUCCCGGAGAUCGAGGCGCGAGUCUCCGGAAAGUGCGUCCUCAUUAAAAUCCACUGUGAGAAGCGCAACGGCUUUGUCUCGAAAAUGAUCGAUGAAAUAGAGAAACUAGACCUAACUGUCGUGAACAGCUGUGUCCUGCCCUUUGGGAGUUCCACACUAGAUGUUACCAUUUUAGCGCAGAUGGACGUGGGAUUCAGCUUGAAAAUGGGGGAUCUCGUGAGGAAUCUGCGUCAAGCUCUUCUGGAUGUCAUGUGAUCUCACCCGGAGUUGACAAGCAACAACGUGCCAAACCCUAAUAAUUACACCCACUCAUUACAUUUCCAUUUUUAUUUUCCUUUGGUCCAAAGUGUUUGAGAUCUUUGAGGAGAAGGAAAGGUGCCCGUGAACCUCGCUCUCUGAUCUGUCGAGACCAAACUCUUUAGGGAACGCCAAGACAUCGGCUUUGGCUUUUUAGCCUGGAGUCACUAGUAUUUUGCAGGUGGGUUUUUUUCACUUAUUUUUUGCGCGGUUGACCCGUUGACCACGUUCUAAAUACCCACGUGCUGUAUAAGGAGAGUCUCCAGGCAUUUUUUUUUCUAA